AAGUACUUUGAUAUAUGUGGUGGUCCAGCAACCUUUAUUCAGGGACUGAAUUAGGUGCACCACCAAGAUUACUAUCUAUGCUACAAAGAUGCUGGGAUACUGACAUGCACAAUAGGCCUUCAUUUGAUGAUUUCAUCUCCAAACUUGAUCUCAGCAUGGGUUGGAAGGAACUGGAACUGGCCUUGUUGUACAUGAGAAAGCUCUUGGAAAGUAAGUUGAAUUUGGCUAAGUCAUUAUUGAGUGAUAUGGGCCAAUGUACAACUGCUUAUCCAUAUAAUCAGUUGUUUGGAGCAUUAGUCUUAAAAAAUUAUGAAAGGCAAGAUGCAACUUUACUUAGUUGGAAUUUGAUGUACAUAGUAGAUUAG